GUCCAGAUUCAUUGUAUUCGUCUUUUAAUUUUACUUUUUUUUGAUGAUGGGAUGCUCUUCUUCUUCUUCUACUUCUAGUGACCGGGAGUGGUGAUUCUCAUUCCACCAAUCACGCGGCUUAAUAACUCCUUUUUAUUAUUCUUUUCUCCUCCGAGAGAAUCCCAUCUUCUUUUUUCUUCGAUAAUUGAUCAUCCAUCGAUCUCAAUCGUCCUUGUUCCAUGGCUUCCGAUGGAUUCCGCCCCCUUGACGAGAAGUCAUUACUCGACUACAUACGCUCCACGCCGUCUUUGGCGUCCAAGCUCGGCAACCAACUCGACGACUUGCAGGUUAAAGAAGUCGGCGAUGGAAACUUGAACUUCGUCUACAUCGUUAUUGGUACAGCAGGUUCCUUUGUUAUCAAACAGGCCCUUCCAUACAUACGUUGCAUAGGGGAGUCAUGGCCAAUGACAAAGGAACGGGCGUAUUUUGAGUCCAGAGCUCUAAGAGAACAUGGGCGGUUGUGCCCUGAACAUGUUCCUGAAGUGUAUCAUUUUGACCGAACAAUGUCUUUGAUUGGAAUGCGCUAUCUUGAACCUCCACAUAUUAUUCUAAGGAAAGGAUUGAUUGCCGGAACACAAUAUCCACUCCUAGCGCAACAUAUUUCAGAGUAUAUGGCGAGAUCCUUGUUCUUCACGUCUCUUCUUUACCAUACCACCUUGGAGCAUAGAAAAGAAGUUGCUGAAUUCUGUGGCAAUGUGGAGCUGUGCAGGCUAACCGAACAAGUUGUCUUUUCCGACCCUUAUAAAGUGUCUGAGUAUAACCGUUGGACUUCUCCUUAUCUUGAUGAAGAUGCUGCAGCUGUUCGGGAGGAUGAUGAUCUAAAGCUGGAAGUGGCUCAACUGAAAUCAUCGUUUUGUGAGAGAGCUCAGGCCCUUGUGCAUGGUGAUCUUCAUACGGGUUCAAUCAUGGUAACUCAAGAUUCAACUCAGGUCAUAGAUCCGGAAUUUGGUUUCUACGGGCCAAUGGGGUUUGAUAUUGGAGCAUUCUUGGGAAAUCUAAUUUUGGCUUUUUUUGCACAAGAUGGACAUGCCAAUCAGGAGAAUGAUCGCAAAGAUUAUAAAGACUGGAUUUUGAAAACAAUUGAAGAAACCUGGAAUCUCUUUCGAGACAAGUUUUUUGCUCUGUGGGAUGAACACAAGGAUGGCCCUGGUGAGGCGUAUCUUCCAGCCAUUUAUGAUAACCCGAAGCUUCAACUUCUUGCAAAACAGAAAUUCAUGACCGAUCUGUUCCAUGACACACUUGGUUUUGGAGCUGCUAAAAUGAUAAGGAGAAUUCUUGGGGUAGCACAUGUUGAGGAUUUUGAAUCCAUCUCUGAUGAUAGUAGAAGAGCCAAGUGUGAGCAACAGGCUCUUCAUUUUGCAAAGAUGGUAAUGAAGGAAAGGCGUAAAUUCAAGGGUAUCGAAGAAAUUGUUUCAACCAUUAGAGAAAUUCAUUUGAAAUCGAAAGGUGAGUAGUAGAGAUGUUCGUGUUAGUGAUUAUAAUAAAAGGUCUUUAGUCCAUUUGCAACAAACACCAGAGUGCCAUUACUCUCUUUAUAAGUACAAUAACAUCUGUCGCCUGUAAUGUUUUGUUUUUCUUGUAAAAUAUGAUUCAAAAGAGGCUUUUGCUUGUAAUUUUUCUCAUGUAUGUGUGUCUUUUGGAUG